AUGCCUCGAUCAUCUAAUUUAACACUUGACUCACUGAGUGGGAUUAAGUCAAAGCUCAAAUAUAUUGUUGAGGACGAGAGCACAGCCAGAAAUGCCAAGAUUGAAAACUGUAUCGGAUCAGUCAAGGUCCCGGUUGGCAUUGCAGGUCCUUUAAGUAUCAGAGGUCCUAAUGGACUGGAUGGUAUUUACCAUGCUCCACUAGCGACCUGUGAACCUACACUGGUAGCAAGUUGCGCGCGUGGAUGCAAAGUCAUCAAUGCCAGUGGCGGCGUUCAAUUCAAGCUACUUCGAGACAAUAUGACCAGGGCACCUGUUUUCUGGUUUUCUAGUACAGAAGACGCCGCCUCCUUCUACGACCUUGUUCCGGACCUUUUUUCUGAGUUUCAACAAAUUGCACAGUCGACUAGUAACUAUGCCCGCCUCAUGAAGCUCGAACCCCAAAUUGUGGGAAAUACGGUCCAUGUCCUUUUCGAGUACCACUGUGGAAAUGCCGCCGGUCAAAACAUGGUCACACUUGCCACACAAAAAGUGUGUGAUGAGUUUGCGACCUCCAAUACAGCCUUGGUGAUGAAAAUCAAGAAUAUCACUGUCGAAGGCCAGAGAGUUUCGGAUAAAAACCUAUCUUGGGGUAAUAUCUUAAACUCGCGCGGGGUUUCUGUUAUUGCAUGGGCAACUAUCACCAAAAAGGAUUGCCAAAGUGUUCUAGGAUGUUCAACUUGGGAUCUAUACGAAGUGGUACGGAAUAGUAAGGAGGCAGCUACAAGGAAUGGGCAGCUCGGCUACAGCAUUGACCAAGCCAACAUCGUGACCGCAAUGUUUAUCGCCUGCGGACAAGAUGCGGCUAGCGUGGCAGAAUCAGCCUGGAGCCACUUGACCGUUGAAUUUGAUCCGCAAACAAAAGGAUUAAGCGUGUCAACCUAUCUACCCAGUCUCCCGGUCGGAACCGUCGGAGCUGGUACUAUCUUGGACACACAGAGAGAAGCGUUGGAGCUUCUUGGGUGUACUGGUUCAGGAUCUAAAGGUCGUCUAGCUGGCUUAAUCGCAUCAUUUGCGCUCGCUCUAGACAUGAGUACCGUCGCGGCAAUUACCAACAAUACAUUUGCAGCUAGUCAUCGCAAAUUCGCCAGAUCGUCUGGUGAAUCAUCAAAACUUUGA